UGCAAGGCUCCAAAAUGGUGUUUCAGGGCCGGCCAGAAUUGUCGGGGCUAUUUUUACAGCUGACCGAAUCUGCCAGGGCCCAGUUUCGGGCCCUCAGACCGCCCUUAAAUCCGUGGCAUCUGCUGUCGUAUCCUUGAGCAGCUAUUUCCCCCAACCACUGCUCAUCACCAUGGCUAAUCUAUCCCCCAAGAAACGUGACCGAACCAAGGAGAACCUCGACAGAUCAUGCAAGGGAGCCGCGGAGCGAUUUAACAAGAUAAGCAAGAAGUAUGGCGCUCGCGCCUACGUACAGGUGUGCUGGAAGGGGCGGCACUACGAGUACACAUCCCACGACGAGACUCGCUGGCCGAGAACAAGGGAUGACCUAGAAAUCAUCUACCCCUUGAUCACUCAAUGGACUCCAGCAACAUUCGUGAAACGACCGCCAUCAAGCUCUAACUUGGAAGCCACGCCGGCGUCGCCAGGGAAGCCGCUCGAAUCAGCGGGAGAGCAGCCAAUGGAGCCAAAACUAGCCAAGGAUGGAUGGACUGCGAGGGAUUGAUAGCAUGAGAGGGGGACUUGGAGACGGCGUUUGGAUGGGCGAAGGAAGUGGCAGGGCCGCGGGGCAUGUACUACGAAUAUUCCUGCUGUGCUCCUUGCAGUCCCGGUUCAACAUCGCUCGGGCUGGCCGGCUUUGAACCACUGCUCCACAGUUGUCCGUGGCUACUGGUUCGCACGACAACUGGUUUGUUGGUUUGUUUACAUACAACCGUAUGGAGAUUAGCGUGAGCCAAUCCACAGCACCAUCGAGCCGCCUCGUCAAGUACUACCAAGCUGUGGUACUUCUCUGUGUUCCGCCUCCAGCGAUC